UAGUAAUGAGCAGACGUCAGCGGGGCACCACGGGGGACGUCCAAGUGGGCGCCGCUGAAAGCCCUCGAUCUCCGCCGUGUGCUGUCUGCAAAAGCCUCAAGAGUCAUGUCUAGGCCUUCGCCGCCAGGCACGCUGAUAGGCCACCACCUGUGCUGUUCGACGCCACUAGGGCCCUGGGGCUGAAGUAGGCAGCAGUCGUUACAUACUUCUUUCUGUGUAUUCACAACCUUGUUGAGCCUGUACAUAUAAGAUGAGCUGCCUAAUGCGGCUGCGGCCUUUGCUUUUGUGUCGCACUCCUUUUCGAAGCAGUCACAGGCAUCUAGUAACUAUGGCUACCACCAGCAAACUGCCUUCACCCCCACCCCCAUCCUCUACGCUACCUCCAGGCUUCCUUGAGGGCCCAGCACCCAAUCUUACAAAGUCUAAGAUCGACUUCAAAGAAGCCGGAAUACCCGAAUGUGAAAAGUCCUGGGCCGUCGUCCUAGACGGCGUCUUGACCGAAGAGGAAUGCGAAACCUUGAUCAAAGGAGCCGAGGCAACAACCGACGGUAAAUGGGAGCGAGCAAUGGUGAAUGUGGGUGGUGGCAUGCAGGCCAUGUAUGAGGAUACAAGGAAGUGUGGCCGCAUCAUCUGGGACAACAAGGAGAUUAUGGACAAACUCUGGGCGAGAAUAGCACCGUCUGUGCCGGAAAUCCACACUUUACAAAACUGGGUAGAAGUCACGGGAAAUGGUCCCGCGCGGCGGGGAGAGACUUGGGUACUGACUAGGUUGAACGAACGGGCAAGAUUUCUCAAGUACGUUGGUGGCGAGUACUUCAAACCUCAUUGUGAUGGCUCAUACGAGACGCCUGAUGGUACCGAGCGCUCAUACUUCACCCUGCAUUUAUACCUCAACGAUGCUGUCGGCAAAGAUGGCGAAACACAGCUGGAAGGCGGAGCCACAACUUUCUUCAGUGCAAACAUGCACAAGCGUGUAGACGUUGUACCAAAAGUCGGUCGGGUCCUGCUAUUCCAGCACCGUCUUAUGAUCCAUAGUGGUGACGAUGUGGUGCGUGGGCAAAAGUUCACACUACGAACAGACAUUAUGUAUAGAGUGAAAGAUGGUUCGACAGAGCCAGCAAAGUAGACCAUGUCACCCGAGGGUAGGGUAACAUGGUGCAAAACGUUACUUUGUCCUAGUAUAUUAUGAAAGUUUUCAUUAGCAGUAUCCCUGAACUACACGAUGCGUUGGAAGAAUCAGACUUACAUAGAAAAAAAAUAAGAGUGAACGGCCUGCCUCGCCAGAGUAAUCAGAAUCGAAUGAUACUGUGCCCUUUUUCCCCCAAAGGGCUACUCAAGGUCAAGUACGCUGCGUAUUGUACUACAGUGUCGCCUCUUCCCUGCCGGGUAAAAGACACACAAUCUUCGCACCGACUCCCAUAGGGACACCAGUUCCACGCGC